AUGCACUCUCAGGGAUUCGUCCAUCGCGACUUGAAGGCGAGCAACAUCGUGUUCAGUGCUAGCGGGCACGUCAAAAUAGUCGACCUGGGGUGCUCAAAGCAGCUGAAAAGGCAAACAGGGGUUUGUAACGAUGGCGACGUUGCUGCCACCGGAGGGUUUUCUUUCCAGAAAACGUACACAUAUUGUGGGACACCUCACAGUAUGGCUCCAGAGAUGGUGUCACGGGAAGGGCACGGGAUGGCCGUGGACUGGUGGGCAUUGGGAAUCCUUGUGCACGAGAUGGUGAACGGCGAGCCGCCUUUCGGGUACGGAGGGGACGAUUUGACGAAGAGAAUCACGGCGGGUUUGCCGAGAGAGAAACCCCUGGGACCGGGCGAACGGGAAGACGAGGACAAUCGAAAUGUUGAUGAACCAAAGGUGUUGCCAAUUGUGAGGUGCGGACUUGCGUGCACCCAUUCCGUUGAUGGCCUCUACUACUGA